AUGGAGGUUAUGGAAGAAGGAAAUCUUAUGGACAGAAUACCCAUUCUGCUCCAGCGUGAUUUGCAAUACUAUGAGGCGAACCAGAAAGUCCUGCAGGAGAACAUCUGUCCGGGUGUGGUUGGCGGGAAACUGGACUUUCCUCGGUCGGCAUCGUUCGCGUCGGUGAAAAUUGUCAUUUGGCUGGAGGAUGAGUACUACGCUGCGUACCGCAAGAACUCGGGACUGCUGCACCUGGCAGACGCGCUGCAAGACCAGCAGGGAAAGGAACCGGAAGAAGCACCCGGUUGCGGGGGCAUCGUGAAGUCAUCCGACCCGGAAAAGUUUGUCAUCCUCGUGUCGAAAUCGGUGGACAACCUGCUAGAGCACAUCCAUACCUUGUCUCAAGAAGCACUGGAUCACGCUGAUCUGACCGUACUGACGGCGACGAUCGGUGCAGCCGCCUUGGUCAAGAACAGCCUAUUCGUGUGGUUACAGUGUGUGACGAAACACGUGUGUCCUCCCAAGGGCGAUGAGAAGGGCGGUUCGCUGAAGCUGAGUUACAAGCAGUACUCCGAGAUGACGGAGGCAUUGGCGGAACGAUUGCUAGAUUUACACUGCCGCUUGCUGACGCUUUACAUCAUCCAGGACGCUGACUCCCUACACUGGGAAAGCUCUCACCCAUUCUUCGAAUCCGAACGAGGCUCCUACACCAUCCAGAUGUGGUGGCUGUACAUGCAGGGAACGAAGCAGGACCUUUGGAAUUCGGUACCACCGACAAUGGCCCAGCGGGUGUUUGCCGGCAUGCUGAACGAAACGCUGACAGUGCUCACGGUGCGCUACACACAAACUGUCCCAAGCCGGGCUCGAUCUCCGCUACUGCUGGUCGACGUCUCCAACGUGCUGCUGUGCGUCGGAGAGCUGCUACCAGCGAUCUGCGCCAAUGGGGAGGCCUUCGUCGGACUGAACCUGCCCAGUCAGAGCAAGAUCAUUCGCGACAUUCACGCCAAGUGCCAGGAGCUGUUCUGUUGUCUGCUUUUACGUGGCAUUCCACUCGGCGCGCUAUAUAAAAUCGCAAAGAAAGGUGUCCAGGGUGGCAUAGCGAUGUUUGGACAGCGCCAGGGGUUGAUAGUGCCAUGGACGAUUUUCGCAAUGCCACGGCUCUUUCCACCGAACCAAAACGCACACUGGGCGGCCCGGUGUUCGGAGCUGCCUACCAGUACCGCACUCACGCUAGAGCUGAAGGUGCUCCUGGCCGCUCCACAGGCUAACUGGUGGCUCCUGCUGAAGGUGUUGUUGAUGCGCGAAGCUCAUCUAUCGUCGUUGAUCUUCCACCAUCUUAUCCGCAAUCUCCCAUCGAGCGAUAACUUCAUCCCGAGUGCACGUCAGCCGUCCGUUAGCCGGGAUUGUCUGUCAAAGAAGUGCGAGGGUUUUCUGUGCGGGGUGGAGUGUAACGACAUCGUCCAGUGGGCGCUGGAACAGAACGAUCCCAUCGGUCAAUCCAACUACCAGGUGUUGAUGGGACUCACGUAUAUUGUCAUAAUGGCCGGGAAAACUUCCGACAUCAACAAGACGCUCAUAUCGGCGCUCGAGAAGAGCAAAAUGAACGACUGGGCAUCCUGUCUGGACCGGCGACAGGUGUGGAAUCAGAAACGUCCACCCUGGCUCGAAGCGAUUCUGCAUCUCAUCUAUCCGAUCCUCGGUCCGGUUGUACACAUGCUCGUGUCCGCGGUGCAGACGACAGCUAGCAUGUACCAAGCGAUGUCCUUGUCACUGUCGUGCUUCUCCGAGAUGUGGGACUGCAUUCCGGACUGCUUGUACACCGUCACCAACUGCCUGGCGGAGAUCCUUCCGGCCGAGAUACGCCCGCUCGGUGACUCAGUGCUGAUACAAUUGCUCUAUAUUGCGCUGUAUUCGAAGCUGCUGGAAACGGCAGAAACUGAAGCCGAGGCAGAGGCGCGAGAACAUGCGAACGGUGGCGGUAAUUCGGAACCGGCAGCCGCCACCGGUCCGGUAUCGACGAUCAACAUGAAACCCAAGUCGGUCAUCUGUCAGACGUUGGCUGAGGCAAUCUGCUUCAUCGACGAGGAUAACAAGCAUACGGAGCAGAUCGCGUCACUGAUCAACCAAGCACGGGAGAGCCAACGAUCCAUGGGCCAGCUAGAGUCCGAAAUCGAUGACGCGGUAGGGCUUGCCAGUUUUGCCAGUACAUCCCGCGUCGACGAUAUGGAGGCGUUCCUGCGCCAGACAACACCGAGCGUACGUUCUGAGGAAGAAUUUGAUGUGGAGAACGCCGAAUAUAUCGCCGAGAUGCUGGUAAGCGAUGUGCUGGUGACGAGUGUUGGCAAACUGAGCAUGAAGAUGUUGUACCAGUAUAUCCGCAAGAACUUCGACUGGAUUCUGCAGCAGCUGGGUGUGAGCGACGUCGAGCACAAUCCGCUUCAACCGAAUCCGGGGCAGAGCAUCCGCGAGAACCGCCAGACAUUGAUCGAUCUGAUGUUCCAUAUCGGGCACCGUUCAUUCGAUCAGCUGUUGAGCGGCGGGCUGGACAUUGAUUAUACCAAGUGGUUCCAAACGCCGAUGUCGAUGAGUGUGGAAAAGGCUUGGUUGCAGGUCUGCCAACGCUGGGAAUUCCAGGAGAGCGCCAAAUUGUCCGUGCACGAAGCGCUCAUGGUGUCUUUCAUCACCUCGCAGCUGAAACCCUAG